AAAAGUUCAGAUUGUAGGAUAUUAUUGUGCCUAAUCAGCUUUACAAAGAAUACUGAGAAGAACUCUAAACAGCUUACUUUUUAAGUAAUUAUCUGAACUUUAAAGUCCUGAUAGGAUGAUCAAGCUUCUAACAAAAUACUGUUCAGCUUCGAAAGGAAACUUAAAAGUUUACAAAUAGUACGAUUUGACUCUCGUGGAGAAUGCUAUUCAACUCCAAAUAGAACUUAAAAGAACUUAAGGAAAAUUAAAAAAAAAAUCCGAAUGGGAUUAAUUUUACUGCUCAUGUUCUAUUUUCGUAUUAUUGAAUUGGUAUUUUAAUCUUUUUUAUUUAAUUUUUUUGUAAUGAGAGUAUGAUAUAUAUGUAUAUAUAUGUUUUUUCUUUUUAUAUGUUUCAGGACUACUUACCCCAAGUUUCGAACUCGAGUCCUGCUCUUUGAAGUUCAGAUUCAUUCCACGGCUCCAUACGCACAAUGUACAAUAUUGGAUGCUUUUACUUAAUGUGCUGAUUUCAAAAUGACGAAAGACUAGAAAGAAUUAUUAAGCAGUGCGCGAACUUUCUCUGAACUUCAAAUGCACAUUCAAGUAGCUUUUAGUUCAUGCCGAACUGAAUCCACACUUGAAAGUUCGAUUAAAGUUCACGCGCAACUUCUCAUAUACUUGAGCCGUUUGACGUUUCUCACUUGUUUUGAUUUUGCAACAGUGUUUUAAUCUGUGUUAAAGCCGAACCAGAAGAAAUCGCAUCAUUUUAAUUAUUGCUGUUUAAAAAUAAUAAUGGUAAGUUAGUGAAGUGCCCUCUGAAAGUACUAAAUAUUCAUAUGAUUCAUCAUUAUUGCAGAUAAUGCCAUUCGCCGUUGUUCAAACAACUAACGCACGGGGUUGCAAUGAGCUGUCGGUCGUACCUGCGUCGUGGCUGCGGGGAUCAGGGAGCGGAAACAUUCUGCUGUGGCCAAAUGUGAAGAGUGUCGCAGAACAGGAAAGAUUACUCCGCGACGAAAACAGCUCCCCGAAGAAGUCCUGGGUGAAAUAUAAAUGCAAGGUGAAACGGAAUCCCAUCGCAUCAUUUAAUGCCGCGAAGCGUAUGUUGGAUGAUUUAUCCGGAGAAUCCUCAUCGGAAGUCAGCAAUCUAGUUCGACGUAAACGAAAACCCAAAAACAAUGAGGCUAAUAACUUUCAAGAAAUGCUCAUUUUAAACGAUACGCCUUGCUCAUCUGCUGCAGAAACAACCUCGUCAUCGGUUCCCAUUGUCAUUGAAGUAAGAGGAAAGGUUCAAGGCGAGAUUCAGGAUGAAUUUCCUCGAGGAACAACAUCAUCCCCUCGACAACCACCCGCCACCGUUUUGACAAACGUUGAGGAUAAUGUUCAAAACGCCCAGGGUGAAAUCCUCCAACAGCCACUACCUGUACUUCCAGUCAAUGGCAUCACGACGCUGUCUGAAGAUAAUAUCCCGGAAAUUCAGGCUGUUCAGUAUGUGGCGUACGAUACUGCAGAUACUGUGGUGGAGCCGGGAACGCAACAGUGUUUUGAUACGGUUAUCAAACAACUGCAAGAAACAAACAGCAGACUGGAACGACUGGAGAAGCGUAUAGCAAGUAUUGGGACUCAAAACGAAUUUAUGUUAGACGCGGUCCGAAAGUUCAUCUCCCAUACGACGAACAUCGAACAGCCAUCGUCUUUCUGUUUCGACCCUAUCAAAGAUGAGAAUGAAUUGGCUGAUUUGGAAAAUAAGCUGACGGACAACGACUUCAAGUUGAAGAUGAUUAAUUGGUUGCGGUUGAAUGUCAGUGGCGACUGUGCGGAUAAUCGCAUGCUUGGAGUACUCGAUUUGUUAUUCAGCAAGGAAUUCCAAACGAAAUGCACGUGGACUGGAGCCAGUCGUAAAGGACCAAAAACUGCUAUAAUGCCAAAUCGACAUGUUCUGCAAUUAUUUCAGCAAGUUGGAACUGAUGAGUCUGAAACGGUAACUCAACAUAAACUGGCCAGCUUUUUCAUGAAAAAGCUAAAAAAUUCUCUCAAACGAUUACUCACAACCGGCAUGCGUCGUGGGACAAGGCAUGUGAGACGGCGAAAGCAGCAAUGUGCUACUAAAGAUGGUAUGAAACUCGAGCCAGAGUUCACACCUGAAGAUCAUGAGGAGAAUCACAGUGAUCAUGAGUCCGAUGAACAUGUUUCUUCGGUCGUUGAUUCGUCUGAUGCCAUUGAAGCUGUAGAUAUCGAGUCAGACUGGAACGAUCCAGCUUUUGAUGAUUCCAGUGAAUAACAUCUUGCAACGUUGUACUUGAUUAGGAGCCGACUGAUACUUAAUGUAUCUGAAGAGAUAUUGUAGGGGAGCUAGGGGCAAAAUAAAACAUAGUAACCAAUUAUAAAUUUUACUUUUUUUUUGUUUUUUUUAUGUUUUUAUGUAUGUGUAGAAAUUUUUCAGUUUAAUUACGUUAGACUUAUUGUUUAUUUGGUUACUUAUGUUUAUUUGCAUUGGAGAGAAGAAGAAAAGUGACUUAACCAUUAAUUGGUACUCGGUCAUGAAGUGGAUUUUUAUUGCAUUUAUUUUUUAACCAUGCCUCUAAAUUUAAGUUUUAUAAUUGAUUCGAUUUGGUAUAAGUAUGUAUCAAUGGAAUAAAUACACGGUUAUCCUUAAAGUCAACUGACACUAAUUUGCAUUUUAUGUCGCUACAACUGAACUGAGAAUUUACCCCAGAUAAACCUUUUUUAUUUCCGAGGUAUAUAUUCAAAAACGACGAUUUUACUGGAUACAUAAAGAAAUCCAUUUUUGAUGUUAAAACCUUUCCAAAAAUUAGCAUCUGAGGAGAUUCUGAAACAUGAUCAUAGCGUACAAUUUGAUUUGUAUGGGUGAGAAACCAAGCGUUUCUAUCUGCAUCGCUUAGGAAACAGUCUUCAGUUACGUUGAUAACUUUUUUGCUACCACAAGUUCUAACACACGGAUAGUUACUCUGAUAUUUUUUGGAUUUUUGAAUCGUGUAAUAUUCUCUAGCAUUGAUUUCGGAAAGCCUAUUGAUGGCUUGUUCAAGGCUUUUCCACCCACUUCUAAGCAGGUGUUUUAUUCGCUGCAGUGCGUUUUCGAAAGGGUAUGCUGAAGUUGUGGAUAAUGGGCCAAAACGCUCAACUUCAUCCACAAUGUGUUGAACAUUAUGAACAUUGCUUGUCAAAUACUGCUCGCCGU